GAUAGCUGAAUCUAUUCAUAACAUAACGCAAUAGUUACGCUUAACGCAAUGACGUCUAUAAAAACGCUACCUUUAUUAGACGGCGCUAAAUUAAUCGUCCUUGACGAAGAAGUUGAUGCGGUUUAUGCGAGAGAUUUGAUCGCAGGAUGGCUAGAAAUGUGGCGGGAGAGGGAACCUGAACAGACAUUCGAUAUAUUGUUGUUCUCAGAUCCAAAAUAUAUGUUUGACGGACCUGGACCAUUCGCAACAAGUAACAUAAAAAUUCAUGAUUAUUAUACCAUUGAUAUUAACGAGCCUGACGUAAAUUCAACUCGUGAACAAGAUUUUCAUAACCUGGAACAUGUACUACAAAAUAUAAAUAUAAAAUCAAUAGUAAUAGUUGAUUGUUUGUCAUCUUUGAUUCUGUCCAUUGGACUGUCGAAGACUUUAUGGUUUUUAAAGAGGUUGAGCGAGCAAGUGCCCCAAUUAAUUUGUAUUUAUAGAAAUGAUUUCAUACAAGAUAAGAUAUCCUGUAUUGACACAUUAGGGACUACAUAUGUGAAGAUACAAAGAUUUCUUGGUACAAAAACAGAUAACAAUAAUAUGAAUUAUGUAGUAGAUUUUGUACAUCGUAAAGUAGGUGGAGGGAUCUUGCGACAGCAAGAGAUAGUGAAUCAAAAUUACACAUCUAACAAAAUUCAGUCUGAGAAGAUUGAGAAAAAUGAGAAAUCGGACAUGGGGUAUAAGAAUCAGAAACAAAAGAUUGAAUCUUCUUUCAAGAUAGAAAUAAAUGAGAAUGAAAUGAAACAGAGGAAUGAACUUGUAUUACCGUACAUGAUUAAUGCGACGAGUACAUCUAAAAUUCAUUAUCAACCAGAGAGCAUAGAUGAUUUUGAUGAGGAAGAUCCAGACGAUGAUUUAUGUAUUUAAUUUAAUAAUACAGACUUUCUAAUGCCCCAAGCCAA